AUGGUCUCCUUCUCGUCUCUCGCUCUUGCUCUCUCCACCGUCGCUGGCGUGCUGGCUGCGCCCGGCUCGGAGAAAUACGUCGAGCUAGCCAAACGUCAAAUCACCGCCUCUCAGACAGGCACAAACAACGGCUACUACUACUCCUUCUGGACCGACGGCGGCGGUGAGGUGACCUACACCAACGGCAACGGCGGCCAAACGGUCACCUACAGCGGCACCUGGACGCCCAGCGGAAACAGCUACCUCUCCGUGUACGGUUGGACCACCAGCCCGCUGGUCGAAUACUACAUCCUGGAGAGCUACGGCUCCUAUAACCCCUCCACUGGAGCUACCCUUCUCGGCACCGUCGAGAGCGACGGCGGCACUUACAAUAUCUACAAGACGACCCGGGAGAAUGCGCCCUCGAUCCAGGACACGGCGACCUUCAACCAGUACUGGUCUGUUCAGACUUCGAACCAGGUGGGCGGGACUAUGACGACGAAGAACCACUUCGAUGCAUAG